CUGCGCGGCAGGCCUCGGCCGUCCCAAGAUGGCGACUCCCAUGCACCGGCUCAUAGCCCGGAGACAAGCUGAAGCAAAUAAACAACACGUAAGAUGUCAGAAAUGCUUGGAAUUUGGACAUUGGACUUAUGAAUGCACAGGAAAAAGAAAAUAUCUACAUAGGCCUUCAAGAACAGCAGAACUAAAGAAAGCUUUAAAAGAAAAAGAAAAUCGAUUAUUAUUACAGCAAAGCAUUGGAGAAACUAAUGUAGAAAGAAAGACCAAGAAAAAAAGGUCUAAGAGUGUAACUAGUUCCAGUAGCAAUAGCAGUGAUAGUUCAGCCAGUGAUUCUUCAUCAGAAAGUGAAGAAACAUCUACCUCAUCCUCCUCAGAGGACAGUGACACAGAUGAAAGCUCCUCCAGUUCGUCAUCUUCAGCCUCCUCCACGACCUCUUCCUCCUCCUCUGAUUCAGACUCAGACUACAGCUCUUCCAGUAGCAGCAGCACCAGCACAGAUAGCAGCUCUGAGGAUGAGCCACCAAAGAAGAAGAAAAAGAAAUAGAAUUGCUCUUUCCAUGCUGGACCAAUGAACUGAAAACAUCAAUGUGACUCUCAAUGGAAAAUUAGAAAAUAUUCAAGCAAAUAGCUUAACUAGUCAAAAUUUCUAGAGUUCAAAAGUUUCUAAGUGUUUUGUAUUGUAAGGGCAGAAAGAGUAUUAAUAAUGGAUUAUAUAUAUAAAGACUUAUUUUGGGGGUGAAUCUUGUUUAUCUCUGAAAGAUAUCUCUAUAACUUGAUCAAAGCUGAAAACUAGUAAAUCUGGUUUUUUUUGUGAUGAGACUCACUUUUUUCUCCUUGUAAAAUAAAUGUCAUACUGUGUUAAUGGUAUGUAUGGGACAGGUUUUCAGGAUAAUACAUCAGAAUAUCUGGCAGUGAAUUUCUAAUACUUGUGGCUGUGUUUAUUAUGUAAGACUUAAUACAUUGUCUCUAUAAGCUUAGGAAUUUUCCUACUGUUAAUAAAUAUGCUGUAUUUUUACAUUUAUGUUCAGAAAGUUAUUCUGACUUUUUGUUCUGAAUGUAUAAGUUCAGAGAACCUACUAAUAUAUGUAUAGAUCUCUUGAUUGCUACAAGUUUCAAGUUGUUGUGGUUUAUCAUUCAUUUCAUUUUGGUUCCUUAAGUUCUUAGAGUUACCCUUUUCUGAGGAAAAACAUCCUGGUGGAAUCUUAAAAAAGGAAAGAAAAUCUGAAACUACAGAGUCCAAUUUUGUUGCCUUUUUUAAAAAUUCAGUGCAUUGGAAAAGAAACAGCCAUGUGUAAAAGGCUAAAUAAAUAAAAGUGCUAUGAAUAUCUUUGUCUAUUAACAUGGAGUAAAAGAUACCAUUCAAAAUAGGGGAAGGCAGGAGGAAGACCAGUAAUUUUUACAGAAAAUUAGGGCAAUGCUGGUUGCCUUUUAUUAAAAUGAUAUUUAAUGCUUUCAAUAAAGAUUUCCUUUUGCUAUUUUUGAAGUUGUGGUGUGACAAUUUACAUGGUAUCUGGUCACACAUGAUCAUCUACCACAUAAAUGUAA